CAACACCAUGUCCAGGCCGUCAGGGGGCGGUGUUGUCAAUGAUGUCACCCGCUUCCUGUCCACGGGGGCGGUGCCAGGCUCGCCCACUUCCUCUACCCCCACUGGCCACGUAUUCUCCGCCUCCAGCCAGGCUGAUUGGGCGGCCAAGAGGCUCGUCUGGGUUCCAUCGGAGAAGCACGGCUUUGAGGUGAGUGUGCUGGGCAGGGCCAAUGGGCGUGGUCAGGGUGGAGGGCAGCCAAUGGUUAGGUUAGGGGGAGGGGGCAGUUUUUCAACUAAUCAACUAAUCAUGGUCGUCAAUAUAGGCCAUUGUUAGUUGAAUCAGGUGUGUUAGAGUUGAGCUGGAACAAAAACCUGUAUGCACUGCUGCGCUCCAGGACUUGAGUUGCCCACCCCUUGCCCUACCAUGGGGCACAACACAGGCCUCCCUGGGUCCAUCAGUCCUAUGCAGUUGAGCACGACAUUCACAACUACAUAGCAGAUAAGCACAUCAUGCAUUCAAUUGAGUUGAUUCGUUACCAUGUCAUAAUCUUUAUGAUGAUCCAUUUGUUGCAUUUCUAUCUGCAGCACUCUGAUAGCCCUCGUAUAGGUGAAUAAUUAGCCCCAGGUGUGUGCCUGUUUGACAGGUGUGUAGGGCAGGUGUGUGCCUGUUUGACAGGUGUGUAGGGCAGGUGUGUGCCUGUUUGACAGGUGUGUAGGGCAGGUGUGUGUAGGGCAGGUGUGUGCCUGUUUGACAGGUGUGUAGGGCAGGUGUGUGCCUGUUUGACAGGUGUGUGCCUGUUUGACAGGUGUGUAGGGCAGGUGUGUGCCUGUUUGACAGGUGUGUGCCCGUUUGACAGGUGUGUAGGGCAGGUGUGUGCCUGUUUGACAGGUGUGUGCCUGUUUGACAGGUGUGUAGGGCAGGUGUGUGCCUGUUUGACAGGUGUGUGCCCGUUUGACAGAUGUGUAGGGCAGGUGUGUGCCUGUUUGACAGGUGUGUGCCUGUUUGACAGGUGUGUAGGGCAGGUGUGUGCCUGUUGGACAGGUGUGUGCCCGUUUGACAGGUGUGUAGGGCAGGUGUGUGCCUGUUUGACAGGUGUGUAGGGCAGGUGUGUGCCUGUUUGACAGGUGUGUAGGGCAGGUGUGUGCCUGUUUGACAGGUGUGUGCCCGUUUGACAGAUGUGUAGGGCAGGUGUGUGCCUGUUUGACAGGUGUGUGCCUGUUUGACAGGUGUGUGCCUGUUUGACAGGUGUGUAGGGCUGGUGUGUGUAGGGCAGGUGUGUGCCUGUUUGACAGGUGUGUAGGGCAGGUAUGGAAAAGAAAAUAGUGGGUUUCUCAAGACAAUGGAAUGGUAACGCAUUGAUCUAGCAUUCUCUAAGAUGCUAUUUCACAGUGUUGGUACAACUUCCUUGUCUUCCUAUGCUUCUCUGUACCCCUUCCAACUCUAUUCUAUUCUCCUUCUAUUCUCAGUGCUGCAGUGCACUAGGGUUUCUAGUUCUCCUCUCUCACAUUGCUUUAGUCACAGGGCUCUAUCUCUCUCUGUUGGAACCGCACCGCACUCUGAUCUACUUCACUCAGCUCUACAUGUUGCAUUCUAAAGCUUGUCUUUCUAUGAGAAGUGGCAUCACUUGUAGAACACUUCCAGCUCUAUCCUUCACCUUGAUCGCUCUCUUCUUACUUGUAGAACACUUCCAGCUCUAUCCUUCACCUUGAUCGCUCUCUUCUUACUUGUAGAACACUUCCAGCUCUAUCCUUCACCUUGAUCGCUCUCUUCUUACUUGUAGAACACUUCCAGCUCUAUCCUUCACCCUGAUCGCUCUCUUCUUAAGUCUGUUCUGCUGUGUCCCAGUGCAUACUGUGUUCCAAGGCUCUUUGUGUUCUACAAUGUGACAGGGUUCCAAUGGGUGCUCUACUGUAUAGUAUGUCUAUACAGGGUAUCUCUCUCUGUGUCUCUGCUGUUCUGAUAUGGAGCUCUAUGAAUAGAACAAUACACUCCUUCAGCCUCCUAAUGUUAAAGAGGUCGCAGUAACAGACACACACACACACACACACACACACACACAGUCACAGUCACACACGCCAGACGUCAUUCUACAUUCAUAUUUUAGUGUGUGGUUGGUCGUAUUCUGAGAAUGCGGGUGUGUGUGCCAGGCAGAAGUAAAUGGUGAACCGAGCGGAAUGGAGCAGAGCAGGGUAGAAUCUUGUGACCUGACCAGUUCAGAGUUCACCACUUCCUGUCCCCCCCGGUCAUAAGAGCUGUACUAUGACAAGGGUCAUUAACUCUCUCCCUCUUCCUCUCUCCCUCUUCCUCUCUCCCUCUUCCUCUCUCCCUCUUCCUCUCUCCCUCUUCCUCUGCAUCUAUUUCUGUUCGCCCCUCCUCAGUCUAGCCAUCUCCACAACUAUCAAUGUAUGCACUGUUCUAUGUCACGUGUGUGUAUGUGGACACCAGUGAUGCUUAUUGCUUCACACUGGAAAUAAAUCCCACCUCCUCUUGUCAUAUGAUGAAUCCCUAUACCAUGUGUUAAUACCAUGUAUUAUUAUCAUGUGUUAUUAUCAUGUGUUAUUACCAUGUGUUAUUAUCAUGUCUUAUUAUCAUGUGUUAUUACCAUGUCUUAUUAUCAUGUGUUAUUACCAUGUCUUAUUAUCAUGUGUUAUUACCAUGUGUUAUUAUCAUGUGUUAUUACCAUGUGUUAUUACCAUGUGUUAUUAUCAUGUGUUAUUACCAUGUGUUAAAUCAAAUCAAAUCAAAUCAAAUCAAAUUGUAUUGGUCACAUGCGCCGAAUACAACAGGUGCAGACAUUACAGUGAAAUGCUUACUUACAGCCCUUAACCAACAGUGCAUUUAUUUUAAACAAAAAAAGUAAGAAUAAAACAACAACAAAAAAGUGUUGAGAAAAAAAGAGCAGAAGUAAAAAUAAAGUGACAGUAGGGAGGCUAUAUAUACAAUAGAAUAAAGUGACAGUAGGGAGGCUAUAUAUACAGGGGGGUACCGUUGCAUAGUCAAUGUGCGGGGGCACCGGCUAGUUGAGGUAGUUGAGGUAAUAUGUACAUGUGGGUAGAGUUAAAGUGACUAUGCAUAAAUACUUAACAGAGUAGCAGCAGCGUAAAAAGUAUGGGGUGGGGGGGCAGUGCAAAUAGUCCGGGUAGCCAUGAUUAGCUGUUCAGGAGUCUUAUGGCUUGGGGGUAGAAGCUGUUGAGAAGUCUUUUGGACCUAGACUUGGCACUCCGGUACCGCUUGCCGUGCGGUAGCAGAGAGAACAGUCUAUGACUAGGGUGACUGGAGUCUUUGACAAUUUUGAGGGCCUUCCUCUGACACCGCCUGGUAUAGAGGUCCUGGAUGGCAGGGAGCUUUGCCCCUGUGAUGUACUGGGCCGUACGCACUACCCUCUGUAGUGCCUUGCGGUCAGAGGCCAAGCAGUUGCCAUACCAGGCGGUGAUGCAACCAGUCAGGAUGCUCUCGAUGGUGCAGCUGUAGAAUUUUUUGAGGAUCUGAGGACCCAUGCCAAAUCUUUUUAGUCUCCUGAGGGGGAAUAGGCUUUGUCGUGCCCUCUUCACGACUGUCUUGGUGUGUUUGGACCAUGAUAGUUCGUUGGUGAUGUGGACACCAAGGAACUUGAAGCUCUCAACCUGUUCCACUACAGCCCCGUCGAUGAGAAUGGGGGCGUGCUCAGUCCUCUUUUUUUUCCUGUAGUCCACAAUCAUCUCCUUUGUCUUGGUCACGUUGAGGGAGAGGUUGUUGUCCUGGCACCACACGGCCAGAUCUCUGACCUCCUCCCUAUAGGCUGUCUCAUCGUUGUCGGUGAUCAGGCCUACCACUGUUGUGUCGUCGGCAAACUUAAUGAUGGUGUUGGAGUCGUGCCUGGCCAUGCAGUCAUGGGUGAACAGAGAGUACAGGAGGGGACUGAGCACGCACCCCUGAGGGGCCCCCGUGUUGAGGAUCAGUGUGGCAGAUGUGUUGUUACCUACCCUUACCACCUGGGGGCGGCCCGUCAGGAAGUCCAGGAUCCAGUUGCAGAGGGAGGUGUUUAGUCCCAGGAUCCUUAGCUUAGUGAUGAGCUUUGAGGGCACUAUGGUGUUGAAUGCUGAGCUGUAGUCAAUGAAUAGCAUUCUCACGUAGGUGUUCCUCUUGUCCAGGUGGGAAAGGGCAGUGUGGAGUGCGAUAGAGAUUGCAUCAUCUGUGGAUCUGUUGGGGCGGUAUGCAAAUUGGAGUGGGUCUAGGGUUUCUGGGAUUAUGCUGUUGAUGUGAGCCAUGACCAGUCUUUCAAAGCACUUCAUGGCUACAGACGUCAGUGCCACGGGUCGGUAGUCAUUUAGGCAGGUUAUCUUAGAGUUCUUGGGCACGGGGACUAUGGUGGUCUGCUUGAAACAUGUUGGUAUUACAGACUCAGUCAGGGACAUGUUGAAAAUGUCAGUGAAGACACUUGCCAGUUGGUCAGCACAUGCUCGGAGUACACGUCCUGGUAAUCCGUCUGGCCCUGCGGCCUUGUGAAUGUUGACCUGCUUAAAAGUCUUACUCACAUCGGCUACGGAGAGCGUGAUCACAUAGUCGUCCGUUAUUACCAUGUGUUAUUACCAUGUGUUAUUAUCAUGUGUUAUUACCAUGUGUUAUUACCAUGUGUUAUUACCAUGUGUUAUUACCAUGUGUUAUGGCUUAUCAUGUCUUGUGCUGUUGGUGGAUGUUUCCUGGAUCUAGUAUCUAACUAACCUCUCGCUGUCCCUUCCCAUACCCUCUCUCUCGCUCUCUUCCCCGCCUCUCUCUCUCUGUCCCCUGCCUCUAUCGCUCCCCCUAUCCUCUCUCUCUAUCUCCCCCCUUCUACCCGCUCUCUCUCUCUCGCCUAUCCUCUCUCCCCCCCUCCAGUCUGCCAGUAUCCGUGAGGAGCGUGGGGAUGAGGUGGAGGUGGAGCUAACAGACAGCCAGAGGAAGCUGACCCUGUCCAGAGAGGAGGUCCAGAGGAUGAAUCCUCCCAGGUUCAGUAAGGUGGAGGACAUGGCUGACCUCACCUGUCUCAAUGAAGCCUCCGUCCUACACAACCUCAGAGAGAGAUACUACUCUGGCUUGAUAUACGUGAGUGUACAGUACACACCCACACACAUACACACGCUCAUGCAGACACACACACACACACAGGCCACAACACACACACACACACACACACACACACACACACACACACACACACACACACACACACACACACACACACACACACACACUAUGUGUGGAUUAUCAGGGAAGGGUGUGAGUGGAGGUGGGUGGGUAGGGGCGACCAGUCAGAAUCCACAGUGGGUGGGUAGGGGCGACCAGUCAGAAUCCACAGUGGGUGGGUAGUGGCGACCAGUCAGAAUCCACAGUGGGUGGGUAGGGGAGACCUGUCAGAAUCCACAGUGGGUGGGUAGGGGAGACCUGUCAGAAUCCACAGUGGGUGGGUAGGGGAGAGACCAGUCAGAAUCCACAGUGGGUGGGUAGGGGAGCGACCAGUCAGAAUCCACAGUGGGUGGGUAGGGGAGCGACCAGUCAGAAUCCACAGUGGGUGGGUAGGGGAGACCUGCCAGAAUCCACAGUGGGUGGGUAGGGGAGACCUGUCAGAAUCCACAGUGGGUGGGUAGGGGAGCGACCAGUCAGAAUCCACAGUGGGUGGGUAGGGGCGACCAGUCAGAAUCCACAGUGGGUGGGUAGGGGAGACCUGCCAGAAUCCACAGAGUCAUCUUGUUAUCAGUACCUUCACACUGUUGCCUGCAUAUUUCAUUCAUAAACCUGUGUUGUAGCACUAGCUGGUUGACUGAUUAUCCCGACAGCUAUCUUUCUUUUCCAUUAGAAAUGCCUCCUUACACAUUCCACCUGGUCCUACUCAUACUAUAGGUUAAUGGGUCCUACUCAUACUGUAGGUUAAUGGGUCCUACUGAUAUUGAGAUUAAGCAUGGUAUUUUAGUUAUCAUUGAACUUUAUGUAUAUCUAACCUGGGUGUGUGUGUGUGUUUGCAGACAUACUCGGGCCUGUUCUGUGUGGUGAUCAACCCCUAUAAGAACCUGCCCAUCUACACAGAGUCUAUAGUGGAGAUGUACCGAGGGAAGAAACGCCAUGAGAUGCCCCCUCACAUCUACGCUAUAUCAGAGGCUGCCUACCGCAGCAUGCUACAAGGUAACCCUAACCCCUGACCUCUAACCCCUGACCCCCUCACAUCUAUGCUAUAUCAGAGGCUGCCUACCGCAGCAUGCUACAACAUAACCCUAACCCCUGACCUCUAACCCCUGACCCCCUCACAUCUAUGCUAUAUCAGAGGCUGCCUACCGCAGCAUGCUACAACGUAACCCUAACCCCUGACCUCUAACCCCUGACCCCCUCACAUCUAUGCUAUAUCAGAGGCUGCCUACCGCAGCAUGCUACAAGGUAACCCUAACCCCUGACCUCUAACCCCUGACCCCCUCACAUCUAUGCUAUAUCAGAGGCUGCCUACCGCAGCAUGCUACAACAUAACCCUAACCCCUGACCUCUAACCCCUGACCCCCUCACAUCUAUGCUAUAUCAGAGGCUGCCUACCGCAGCAUGCUACAACGUAACCCUAACCCCUGACCUCUAACCCCUGACCCCCUCACAUCUACGCUAUAUCAGAGGCUGCCUACCGCAGCAUGCUACAACGUAACCCUAACCCCUGACCUCUAACCCCUGACCCCCUCACAUCUAUGCUAUAUCAGAGGCUGCCUACCGCAGCAUGCUACAAGGUAACCCUAACCCCUGACCUCUAACCCCUGACCCUUAACCUCUAACCCCUAACCCCCUCACAUCUACGCCACAUCAAAGUAAUUUGUCAGUUAUGAUUUUCAUUUGCGCAUAUUUGUUGAACAGUUUCAUUUCAAUAAUAAUGUUUUUGUUUCUCAAAAUCAUUGUCACGUGGUUAAUCAUAAAAAUAUUAAUUAAAAUUAUACAAAUAUAAAAGUUACAAUUCAACUAAUGCGAGAGCACCAGCCUCUGCAUACAUUGAUAGGCUACACUGUGAUCAUUGGUGGCUAAAUAGGCUAAAUGAGCGCAUGGAGCCCAGAGAUGGCCAAUGCAGCCGUUGGCAUAUAACUGCAAUUGUCAACUAAGUAAAAAUACAUAAAACCCACAAAUAAAAACAGUCGAAAAUAUACUAAUGAAAAUGUUGGUUCUUUCAAUCACAUUCAUCUCUCUACUCAACUUGUCUUCCUCCCUUUCUAUCUGUCUGGACUUGAGCUAUUGCUAGUGAAGUGCAACAUUGUAUCAAAUCAAUCAACUGGGUCAGGCCCAAAGCUGUCUCUAGCAAGCUUGCAACAUUGUAUCAACUAGCCUAUUCCAGGCCCUCAGAGUUUCCCCUAGCCAGUGAGCUCGGGACAGACAGCUGUUUUUGCGCAAGGGAAAGAUAUUUUAUGACGUUUCCACUGGAUAUAUGGGAUCCUCAGAUGAUGACAUUUUGCUCUUUCACACUGAGGCUUGGUGAUUAUCAAGGGGGAGAUUGUUGGAAAAAUAGGCCUAUAGUGAGUAACUAUUAGGCUGUCAUUCGCAAUGGAUGUUGAAGAAACAGACUUUGUUGAUUUACUGUGUGAGGUGAAGAAAACAUUACUGAGAAGCUCAACUUAUUAGUGGUGGACGUGGUGGCUAAGACAGUCACAAAUCAAACUUUACUAGAUGUCCACGCAGCAGGCCAGGUAGGCUGCUUCUAUGCAUGCUCAGGCGCGCGGUCCCUCAACAUUAACAAGACAGAAAAACCAGACCCAAGCAUGCUCAUUGCUCACAUGGAGCACUCCAAACAAAAGACAAUAAAAAAAAUAGAUAAUCGUAAAUGAUGGUUAUGAAAUAAACCAAAACUUGUUUCUCACAAGUGUAUCAGGUUGUGAAAUCUGCAAACAACAUUUCUCGCCGAGAAUUUGAACGGUAAAUGACUGUAGGCCUAAUUAGUAAUACAAUGCAUUAGAAAUUAAUGUAACCAAAUGACGGGGAUUAACGGUUACGGUACAUUUACUACUGGUGACAUACACUACAUGACCAAAAGUAUGUGGACACCUGCUUGUCGAACAUCUCAUUCCAAAAUCAUGGGCAUUAAUAUGGAGUUGGUCCCCUCUUUACUUCUAUAACAGUCUCCACACUUCUGGCAAGGCUUUCCACUAGAUGUUGGAACAUUGCUGCGGGGACUUGCUUCCAUUCAGCCACAAGAGCAUUAGUGAGAUCGGGCACUGAUGUUGGGCAAUUAGGCGUGGCUUGCAGUCGGCAUUUAAAUACAUCCCAAAGGUGUUCAAUAGGGUUGAGGUCAGGCCUCUGUGCAGGCCAGUCAAGUUCUUCCACACCGAUCUCGACAAACCAUUUCUGUAUGGACCUCACUUUGUGCACGGGGGUAUUGUCAUGCUGAAACAGGAAAGGGCCUUCUCACAAACUGUUGCCACAAAGUUGGAAGCACAGAAUCGUGUAGAAUGUCAUUGUAUGCUGUAGCGUUAAGAUUUCCCUUCACUGGAACUAAGGGGCCUAGCCCGAACCAUGAAAAAUAGCCCCAGACCAUUAUUCCUCCUCCACCAAACUUUACAGUUGGCACUAUGCAUUGGGGCAGGUAGCGUUCUCCUGGCAUCCGCCAAACCCAGAUUCAUCCGUCGGACUGCCAGAUGGUGAAGUGUGAUUCAUCACUCCAGAGAAGGCGUUUCCACUGCUCCAGAGUCCAAUGGCGGCGAGCUUUACACCACUCCAGCCGACGCUUGGCAUUGCGCAUGGUGAUCUUAGGCUCGUGUGCGGCUGCUCGGCCAUGGAAACCCAUUUCAUGAAGCUUCGGAUGAACAGUUAUUGUGCUGACGUUGCUUCCAGAGGCAGUUUUGAACUCGGUAGUGAGUGUUGCAACAUUUUUACGUGCUACAUGCUUCAGCACUCAGCAGUCCCGUUCUGUGAGCUUGCGUGGCCUACCACUUCAUGGCUGAGCCCUUGUUGCUCCUAGACGUUUCCACUUCACAAUAACAGCACUUACAGUUGACCAGGGCAGCUCUAGCAGGGCAGAAAUGUGAAGAAGUGACUUGUUGGAAAGGUGGCCUUCUUUGAUGGUGCCAUGUUGAAAGUAACAGAGCUCUUCAGUGAGGCCAUUCUACUGCCAAUGUUUGUCUAUGGAGAUUGUAUGGCUGUGUGCUCGAUUUUAUACACCUUUCAGCAACGGCUGUGGCUGAAAUUUGAAGGGGUGUCCACAUACUUUUGUAUAUAUAGUGUAUGAAAUGGGGAAUUGAUAAAAAUAAACAAUCAAAGAACAAACAAUGAAUGCGCAAGAAUUGACGGGAGACAGCUCAGUGGAUUCUGGAGAGCUGAGUGCAUGCAUUCUGGAGUGAGACAACCCAUAUCUUCGCCACACACCCCUCCCCUUCUUCUUGUCUCAAAAUGUUUAAUUAUACUCAAGACAUUAUCUUCACACAUAUUUUAGAUGCUUUUCACUGACAGCCGUAACUCAAUAAUCAACUAGUCCUUUUCCCAUCCCGCUGCCUAUGAAAGACUUCCUCAUAUGCUAUUUCUCUCCUGUUCUAUUGGUUUUCAUAUCAACUUUCUUUCGUUGUCCUGAAGCCAAAUGCACAAUCCUAGUCAUAUUAGCAACCCAUCCUAGUUGUUGCAUCUUUAGAUUCACCCUCUUUCUAAGUUUCUAACACAGAUUUUCAUCUCUGUCAUCAGGUGCAUCAGGGGGGCUGUUUAGAAUGGUGUUUUCCCUUUUUCCCACAAAUUGUAUUUUGGGUAAUGGUUGAAAAUGUUGUUUUAUUGGCUGCUUCAUUACAGGAGUUGCAUGUUUUGUUAAGAUGAAUUACCAUAAUCUAAAUGUGAUUUCUCUCAUUCUGAGCACCAUGGGUAGAUGCCCUAAUGGGUUGCAUACCCAAUGCAUAUGUGUCUGAUACAUUUCUCAAAUGGCCGGUAAAUUAAAAUCUUCCCGGCCACGUUGUCCUGUGCCACAUUUUCCUAACGGAAACCCUGCUGACAGUGUAGCUGCCAUAUAAAUCCAUGUUUUUUGUGGAAGCAUAGGGAAACAGUGGCAAUGACAAUAUCUUGGUGCUGCAAAUGGCAGUAGUAAUGACAGUUCGUUCUAGGACUUUUCCCACGCUUCAUGUAUUAUGAUAGGAGUGUGACAAACAAACACUGAUUGUGCCACUCUUCUCCAUUUAAACCGGUUAGAGACUGAUUGAGCAACAUUUAUUUUUUCAAUUCAUUAGAUGACAAGACAGUCAGUCUCUCUCUCUCUCUCUCUCUCUCUCUCUUAUUCUUUCUUUCUUUCAGUGUGACAGGUGUGUGUCUGUGUUCUGUGAUCCUAUUGAUAAUUGAACCAGUAUGACCGGUAUGUGUGCGUGUCCGUGCAUGUCUGUGCGUAUGCGUGCGUGUGUGUGUGCUUUCCUCUCUGUGUGUGUGUCCGUGCAUCAGAGGAAACCUUAAAAAGAGUCAGACCGUUGUGUUGGAGUCUGUAGUGUGGGCUGGAGCAUUGGUCUGAGGUCUGUUUGGAGAGACCACUUCUGUGGCUUUGACCUCCUUCCUCCUCAGUACACGACAAUGCUGCUCAGUGAGAGCUGUUGAAAUCACACACACACUGACAGCCUUUGUGUUUCAGUGAGGUUCUCUGAGAUUGAUUGACAAAUGUAUCGAUGACCCUGUUGCAAUGAUUACUGGUGUAAUAAAUGAAGGUAGUACUGUUCAAUGGAUAAUAUGUGUGUGAGGUUGUCAUAUUCUACUUGUAUUAUUAUUCUCUCACAGACAGGGAAGAUCAGUCUAUCCUCUGCACGUGAGUAACCUGGGGUUAUUUAUCUGUCUUGUUUGUCUGCCUGCCUGUCUGUCUGUUUGCCUGUCUGCCUGUCUGUCUGCCUGUCUUGUCUGUCUAUCUGUUUGCCUGUCUGUCUGUUUGCCUGUCUGCCUGUCUGUCUGCCUGUCUUGUCUGUCUAUCUGUUUGCCUGUCUGUCUUGUCUGCCUGUCUUGUCUGUCUGCCUGUCGUCCGUCCGUCUGUCUGAAUUCCCACCAUGGUAAAUGAUCCCAGUUUAGAUUACUGAAGCUGAGUAUAGCUUAGUUUCUGCUAGGAUCCUGUUUUUAGAAGGUUCCAGCCUAGUCCCCCUCCAACAUUAGGAGUAUUUUUUUGUUUUUCUAUAUUCUCCUUUAUUCCCAUCCAACAUAAACACCACGACUACUGUCUGUAUCCUGCACACCUGCUCUCUGUUUAUAGAGGAAUACACUGCAUGGUUCCUCUGUUCACUGGUGGCCUGCAUGUGUGUAUCUAGUUGUAUUUUAUAUGCAAGGUGUGCGUGUCCUUUCUGUUAUAUGUGUUUGUGUUGUGUUUAUAUGUCCUCCAAAACUGGGUUGUAUAUGUGUAUUUUUAUAGAGGACCCUUGUGAAACGAGAUGGGGUUUAUGUGUGUGAUUUUCUCAUACUUGUUUCUGUGUGUGUCUGUGUGUCUGUGUGUGUGUGUCUGUGUGUCUGUGUGUGUGUGUGUGUGUGUGUGUGUGUGUGUGUGUGUGUGUGUGUGUGUGUGUGUGUGUGUGUGUGUGUGUGUGUGUGUGCGUGCGUGCGUGUGUGUGGGGGUGUGUGUGUGUGUGUGUGUGUGUGUGUGUGUGUGUGUGUGUGUGUGUGUGCGUGCGUGCGUGCGUGCGUGCGUGCGUGCGUGGGGGUGGGUGGGGGUGUGUGUGUGUGUGUGUGUGUGUGUGUGUGUGUGUGUGUGUGUGUGUGUGUGUGUGUGUGUGUGUGUGUGUGUGUGUGUGUGUGUGUGUGUUCCAGAGGCGAGUCUGGCGCAGGGAAGACAGAGAACACUAAGAAAGUCAUCCAGUAUCUGGCUCAUGUGGCCUCGUCCCAUAAGACUGGAACUCUGGGUAGAAACAAGGAGGCCUCACAGGUAAACUGGGGAAGGAGAGAGAGAGAGAGAGAGAGAGAGAGAGAGAGGAGUCUCUCUCUCUCUCUCCCUCUCUUCUCCCUCCAAUCACGGGACGCCGAUCCGCUAUAUGGAGGAAAUGGGGAGACGGGGGAAAGGGAUCCAAGAAUGCCAGCGGAUGUGAUGAAAGAGAUGCCUUGGAAGAAGGAAGAUAAAUAGGUUGAAAUUGAUUGAUGGAUGAUGUUUUUUGUCUCACCAAUGGAGAGGCUUGCUGCGGGCUGCCGUGUACCUUGUCUGACGGAGGAAGAGGAUUAAUUUAUGCUUGGAUGUGUAUUGUCCCUGACUGAGGAAGAGGAUGUCCUUGAGGAUGAGUUUUAUUGUCCUGACCUGGGAGAGGAUUGAUUGAUGGCUGAUGUUAUUGUCCCUGACUGAGGAAGAGGGUUGAUGAUGGAUGAUGUUAUUGUCUGACUGAGGGAGAGGAUUGAUUGAUGGAUGAUGUUUAUUGUCCUGACUGAGGAAGAGGAUUGAUUGAUGGAUGAUGUUUAUUGACCUGACUGAGGGUGAGAAUUGAUUGAUGGAUGAUGUUUAUUGUCCUGACUGAGAGAGGAUUGAUUGAUGGAUGAUGUUUAUUGUCCUGACUGAGGGAGAGGAUUGAUUGAUGGAUGAUGUUUUUGUCCUGACUGAGGAAGAUGAUUGAUUGAUGGAUGAUGUUUAUUGACCUGACUGAGGGAGAGGUUUGAUUGAUGGAUGAUGUUUAUUGUCCUGACUGAGGGAGAGGAUUGAUUGAUGGAUGAUGUUUAUUGUCCUGACUGAGGGAGAGGUUUGAUUGAUGGAUGAUGUUUAUUGUCCUGACUGAGGGAGAGGUUUGAUUGAUGGAUGAUGUUUAUUGUCCUGACUGAGGGAGAGGAUUGAUUGAUGGAUGAUGUUUGUUGUCCUGACUGAGGGAGAGGUUUGAUUGAUGGAUGAUGUUUAUUGUCCUGACUGAGGGAGAGGAUUGAUUGAUGGAUGAUGUUUUUGUCCUGACUGAGGAAGAUGAUUGAUUGAUGGAUGAUGUUUAUUGACCUGACUGAGGGAGUGGAUUGAUUGAUGGAUGAUGUUUAUUGUCCUGACUGAGGGAGAGGAUUGAUUGAUGGAUGAUGUUUAUUGUCCUGACUGAGGGAGAGGAUUGAUUGAUGGAUGAUGUUUAUUGUCCUGACUGAGGAAGAUGAUUGAUUGAUGGAUGAUGUUUAUUGUCCUGACUGAGGGAGUGGAUUGAUUGAUGGAUGAUGUUUAUUGUCCUGACUGAGGGAGAGGAUUGAUUGAUGGAUGAUGUUUAUUGUCCUGACUGAGGGAGAGGAUUGAUUGAUGGAUGAUGUGUAUUGUCCUGACUGAGGGAUUGGAUGGGGAAGAGAAUAAGGCAGGAAGAGAGUGAAAGAAUGAGAAGAGAAGGGGAGAAAAGAUGGCAGAGAGGAGGAGUGGUGUAGGGAUGACUUGUUAUGACUUGAUAUGAAGUUGAUGUAUGUUGAAACUAUGGAAACAAGGUGUACUGCUACAUUUUGCUUUACACUACAUGUUGCUACUACUCCAUGACUUUCUGUAAACUACUGUCCUUCUUGCUGAUCAAGUGCUGCUGGAGGAAUCAUUAUAGAGUGACCUCUAUAAUCAUUCCUGUCUCUCUGCUCCUCUCCUCUCUCCCUGCCCUCUCCUCUCAUUCCCCCUCUCUUGUACUAUCCUCCCCCUACUGCCCUUUAUCCUCCCCUUUUUCUACUGUUUCCCUUCUCUUCUUUCUCCUAUCCUUUCCUCCCUCUCUCCCUCCUCCCUCUUGAUUUUGCACUCUCUCCUACCCUCUCUCCUCCAACCUCCCCCUCUUUCCUCUCCUCCUUCUCUCCUGUGUAUUCAGAUGGAUGGCAGUAGGUCGUUGCCCAGGGGCAGUUCUAUGGUGAACAGGGUGAGUGGGCUCUAUCCUCUCCUGUCUUCACCUCUUCCCUUCUCUUCUGAUUCUGGUGGUGCUCCAGACUGACGUCCUUUAACAACACCAUUACUGAUGUGUUCCUCCAUAAUUGUCAAGCGUUUUGUUUUUGUUUUGUACUGCAUUCAUUGGUCUGUUGUUGUCUUUUGUUUGUUUGUUUGUCUCAUCUGUUAAUUCUCCCAACCUUCCCCCUUUUCUCAAUCUCUCAGAGUGUGCAAUAUGUGAGUAUAAUAUAAAGUAUAAGGACUAUUAUCACCACUGUGGGCUGAUUGAGGUCAAACAUGGCAGAUAGAUGUAGAAUGUAUAGAACAGACAUAAUUAUCUUGUUCUGUAUUAGAGAGAAUCAUGUCUGUUCUAGACAAUACAUUUCUAUCUGAAUGUUCUGUAACGUUGCUCCCUCCUGAAUGAAAGCCCUGCUGUUCUCUGGUGUCUAUGGGUGUUUGGCUUUUUACUGUACGGUAUAUCUGUAGCAACACCCAAUGGGUGCUAGAAUAAGUGGUGAUGGGCGGGUCUAUGAAUCUCUCCCAAUGUCCUGAUUGGCUGGAUUAACGACCUGUCAAUCGUCAAACCUGUCACGAUCGUUGAGAGACGGGUCAGACCAAGGUGCAGCGUGGUAUGCGUACAUGUUUAUUAAUACGAAUAAACACUUGACAAAAUAACAAAACAACGAACCGUGACGCUCAAACAGUGGCUACAACACAACAAGCCAAACGCGAGUCAAGAUCCCACAACUAAGGUAGGCAACCAGGCUACCUAAGUAUGAUCCCCAAUCAGAGACAACGAGCGACAGCUGCCUCUGAUUGGGAAUCACACCCGGCCAAACAUAGAAAUAUCAACCUAGAUUUACCACAUAGAAAUACAAUAACAUAGAUCUCAACAGAAACUCACACCCUGACCCAACCAACAAGAGUUCUCUAGAUCAGGGCGUGACAAAACCAUAUACAGUUGCCCAAUGAAAAUGCUCUGGUUUCCUGAUUGACAGCUGGUGUUAAUCCAGCCAAAAGGUGGGUCUCAGAAUCAUUCCCCCAUCAGUGAAGGAAGGCUUUGGAAUUCACUGAUAAUGCACAAAAGCUUGGUUUUAAAACAACCGCCGAUCUGAAAACCAGAUAGGUGUACGCAAUAUGGUGGAAGCUCCCCUAAACCCUCUGGAUGCGUAGAUAGAGCCAUCACCUUAGUGAUUACACCUAUCCAUUCUUUCCUGAUCUGCUAGCACUGAAGGGGUAUUGGCUAGAGGUUGUUCUCAGACUGGGCUAUAGACCUCCCUCCCCAUCCUCCCUUUACAGUGAAUGAGCUCAUAGCUUCCAUUCUGGUGGCCACACCUGUGAAUGAUGCCCAAAUACAACAGGCAUUUACCAUGUAGAAUAGUUAAGCAUACAUUCUGGCUGUCCAGGAAUUUCCACACAUACCUGUCUGUGUGCGUGCUUUUGUGUGUGUGCGUGCUUUUAUGUGCGUGUGUUUUUGCGUGCGUGUGUGUGCACUUGGUGCUUUGUCUGGUAGUAUGUGCAUUGUUCGCAGCCUGAGCUUUGUUCCCAUACAAAGCCCUGGCUUCUUGCUGUGUGUAGCUUUGAGUGCUGCUUGGCUGACGUUCUUUACCUGCCGCUUUUAAAUCCACCUACAGUAGCUCCCUAGAUAAUGACACAGCUAAUGCUAAUGCUAAUGCUAAUACUACUGUACUUAAAGCUAUAGUCAGAGCUAGUAGUGCUAUAGCUUGAGCCACUGUGUAGCUAAAGCUAGAGCUAGCAUCUGCUGCCAUACUUUCUGAUCUAACGCAGUGGCUCUCAACUGACACGACAAAUACAUGUGAAAUAGUGCAAAUGCACAGGGACAGGCUAUUACACAGCCUCUGUGCUAGUUGGUUUCUGCUUAAGCCAACUUAGCCGUUGUCUUGCCAAGGUCUGGCCGAGGUCUUGGCAAGGCAACAAUGUAGAGUUGUUGAAUGCACAAAGUCUGGCACCUUGGCUGGCAUAUGAUAGAUGGCUAGAUGCUGAAAAUGUCAAUAAGAGAACACAUGAAAAGCUAUUUAUCUCUAGAUUACUCUGGGCUUACCAGAGUUGAGACCACUGGGUUACUGCCUGGUUUACUGGCUGAUGGGUCUGGUCUCCCCUCUUCUGUACUGGGAUUGGGGGAACAGUAUUUUGGGUUGUGGAGUUGCUUUGUGAUGUAUAUCCCAGUGUUGAUGAAGUGCCUGUCCUGUCCUCCAGGGGGAGCUAGAGAGACAGCUGCUACAGGCCAACCCCAUCCUGGAGGCCUUCGGAAACGCCAAGACCGUCAAGAACGACAACUCCUCCAGAUUUGUAAGAAUGUAUUAAUAUCUAGAUUGAUCCCAGAUCUACAGUAUAUUUUUUAUUGGCUGUAUUUUUCUUUACUGUGUUUGCUGUUGAGUUUGCAUAAUUAGAAAAUGUGUAUGUUAGAUCAUCAACUGACACAUUUCUUCUCCUCUUGUCUCUCAGGGCAAAUUCAUCCGUAUUAACUUUGACGUGGCUGGAUACAUUGUCGGUGCCAACAUUGAGACCUGUAUCCUUCCUCUGCAGUCAGACUCUGUUUCAAGUCCCAACCUAAAUAUUAUGGUUGGAACUCAUUAGUAUGCUCACCGGUGGGUCAUUGCUAAUCUGUCAUCAGGUAGAAGUUGCCCUUACACACAGGGGUCAGCUCAGGGAAGCAAGGGAUGCAAAACUUCCCUUAGAUUAGUGUCUGGGGCUAUUGAACCCUUCCUUAAACCCUGACCUCAGACCUGCUGGAGAAGUCGAGGGCGAUCCGCCAGGCCAAAGAUGAGAGGACCUUCCACAUCUUUUACCAACUCAUGUGUGGAGCUUCAGAGGCCACCAGAGGUGAGAGAUGGGGAGAGGAGGAAGAGAGGGUAGGAGAGGAUGAAGAGAGGGUAGGAUAGAGAGGAAUAGGAGUUGCUGGAGGGUGAGGCGGAGGCGGAUCUCGUUUUCUCUUAUGGCUUUUCUGUCUUCGCCUCGCUGGUUCUCUGCGUCAUUGCGUGCUUUUUUCUCCUUUUCCCGGGCUGGUUAACUCGCUCUCUGUUGGUUUUUUUUUCCCCUCCCUCUUCUCUUUUCUCCGUUUUCAACUGGCUCCCCCCUCUCUCCUGUCUCCUCUCUCUCUCCCUCUCUGUCUCUCGUAGCGGACCUUCUCCUGGUAGUGCUGACCCGUACGGUUUUCUGAGUGGCGGUGCUAAUCCUGUUCCAGGUCAGAAGUGACGGCUGACACUUCAAUACUCACCAGACCAUGGACUCUAUGACCAUCAUGGGAUUCACACCUGAGAGUCUCUGUGUAAGCGAGGAGAGAGAUGAGAGGAGGAGAGAGAUAGUAGAUAGAGUAGAGCAGUAUGAGAGUAUCUUCUAUGAGAUUUCGCUCGCUUAGUCGCGCUUUCGUUACUGCUCUUUUUCUUUGGCUGUUUCGUUGUGGUUUUAUGAGGGUGGCAGAAUACAGAGCUUUCCUCAGACCCUUGGAGUAAAAAACUAUAUUUUCUCUCCCUCCCUCUCUUUCUGCCUGUCUCUCUUUUCCUUCCUCUUUUUCCCCGUCCUCUCCUAGCCAUGUGAGGUGAUCUCCUGCGUGUGCUCCAGUUUGGGAACAUCUCGUUCACUAAGGAGAAGAACCAGGACCAGUGCUCCAUGCCUGACGACACGGCUGCCCAGAAACUGAGCCACCUGCUGGGCAUCAGCGUGCUGGAGUUCUCCCGGGCCAUCCUCACCCCGAGGAUUAAAGUAGGACGCGAGUACGUCCAGAAGGCCCAGACCAAAGAACAGGUGAGACACGCACACACAUGAAUACACUAGUCCUGAGAAUAUCUAAGACUAAGAGCAUAGUAUUUGGUACAAAUCACUCCAUAAGCUCUAAACCUCAGCUGAAUUGGGUAAUGAAUAAUAUGGCUUUUGAGCAAGUUGAGGAGACUAAACUUCUUGGUGUCAUCUUAGACUGUACGUUUUCAUGGUCAAGGCAUAUUGAUUUAAUUGCUGUAAAGAUGGGGAGAGGUUUGUCUGUGAUAAAGAGAUGCUCAGCAUUCUUAACACCACACAUGAGCAAAGAAGUCCUUCAAGCUGUAGUUUUAUCAUAUCUUAACUACUUCCAGGUGAUAUGGUCAGGUGUUGCAAAGAAGGACAUAGGAAAGCUGCAGCAGCCUCAGAACAGAACAGCACGUCUUGCCCUUCAAUGUUCACAGAGAGAUAAUGUCAACAAAAUGCAUGUUGAUCUCUUCUGGCUUAAAGGAAAGAUUGACUGUAUCACUUCUUGUUUUUUGCAAGAAAUAUAAUGUGUUAAAAACUCCAAACUGUCUAUUCAAUCAACUAACAUACAGCUCUGACAGACAUGCGUACCCCACAAGACAUGCCACAAGAAGUCUCUUCACAGUCCCUUAAAGCAACACACAGUAAUAUAUAGAGCCAUGGUCACAUGGAACUCCCUGCCAUCUCAAAUCACUCAAGCUAGCUGCAAAAUUAGCUUUAAAAAAACCAAAUAUAAACAGCACAUCACAGCACAGCUCCUCUCCCCUUUCUGACCUAAAUAGCUUGUUGUAUCCUCUGCCUCCCGAGCACAUCUGGUGUUUGGGUUAAAGAUAAGAUGUGCCCUUGGCAUUAGGAUAUCAGGACCUGCUUAGAGAAAGCAAUUGUAAACAAAGCCUCAGUAGAGUAAGGACUUUGGUCGUGCUCCAUAUGAUGAUGAAGUUCAAGAGAUUCAACAUUGCUGAGGUGAAAACUGUAGUUGAAGCUUUAGCUGGAGGAAACUGAUGUAUGGGACUGUUCAUUUUAUGAAUGGCUCCACCCCGGUGGGACUCUGUUCAUUUUAUGAAUGGCUCCACCCCGGUGAGACUCUGUUCAUUUUAUGAAUGGCUCCACCCCGGUGGGACUGUUCAUUUUAUGAAUGGCUCCACCCCGGUGGGACUGUUCAUUUUAUGAAUGGCUCCACCCCAGUGGGACUCUGUUCAUUUUAUGAAUGGCUCCACCCCGGUGGGACUGUUCAUUUUAUGAAUGGCUCCACCCCGGUGGGACUCUGUUCAUUUUAUGAAUGGCUCCACCCCGGUGGGACUCUGUUCAUUUUAUGAAUGGCUCCACCCCGGUGGGACUGUUCAUUUUUAUGAACUACUCCACCAAGUUACACUUUACCGUAAAGAGAACCCACUGUGGGUGGUGACUAACAGAAGGCCAGAUUUUAAGAGAAGAUAAACGAUGUGUUGUUGUCUACAGUGAUAUACUGUAGACUAAGUGUAGACAAGUGUGUAUUCUUAUUCUAAAUGUAUGUAGUUAUGUCCUUGAGUUGUUGUUGUCUAUUAAUGUGUUGUGUCAUGUCAUGUUUUACGUUUUGUGUGAACCCCAGGAGGAGGAGCUGUGUUAGAAUCAGCUGAUGGGGAUCCUAAUCAAAUACACACACACACACACACACACACACACACACACACACACACAUACAACUGGUGUAAGAAGCACAUGCUGGUUUCUUAAAAUCCCUAAAUGAAUAAUGCUCUCUCUCUCUUCUGUCUAUCUCACUCUAGGCUGACUUUGCAGUGGAGGCGUUGGCCAAAGCUACAUAUGAGCGUCUGUUCCGUUGGCUGGUCCACAGGAUCAACCGAGCGCUGGACCGCAGACAGAGACAGGGAGCCUCUUUCAUAGGCAUACUGGACAUAGCAGGCUUCGAGAAACUCCAUUUUGGGGGUUUUUUUUUGUUGGUGAUUUUC